AUGCCGGUCGCUCGUAAAAAAUUAGCAGCCUGCGAUCCGUGCAGGGCCGCCAAAGUGGCGUGCGACCAUUCCCGGCCGGUGUGUAUCAGGUGUCAGAACCAGUCGCGGGAGGUCGAGUGCGUCUACCGCGCCUCGCCGUUCAAGAAGACGAAGCGCGGCGCGGAGCAGAGCACCACUACUCCGGCGACACCCGGGCUUCUCAGGUAUGGUUCUAUGACAGGCCCCCUCUGCGACAUUGUGUCUCCUGCGUCUCGGAGUCUUGGGUCCACGCAAGGGGGGGUUCGCGGCAUAAUGCACGGGGAACACGAGGCUGACGUGACAGGCAGCCACACGCCGAGCAGACAGCAGAGCUUCGCCGCCAAUGGCCCGACGCCCAUCCUGGGCGGCGAUGCCGUCGCGCCCAAGUCGCAUCGGUAUCCCAACCCCGGCUAUCUCGGGUCGUUUAGCUCCACCAUAUUGUUCGGCAACCUGCAGGAUAUGCGCGACCCCGCCGUCCUGGGGGGUGAGGGCGCCGGCGUCAGCUCAGACAACCCCAUUCGCGAGGCUAAUGUCACGCGCGGUGCGGGCCUGAUCAAGCAGAUCGAGGCCACCGUCUCUAUCGAGUCGUGCUGCAAAUUGAUCCUGGCCUGGACAGCCCGCGGCUCCAGCCUGCCGCUGGCGGGGCCCUUCCUGGACCACUGCAUCGCCACAAUGCGCCAGCUGUUCCCCAACCAGGGCCUCAAACCCGUCGCCAGUACGGAGCUCUCGCGGAGCCUGUUUCACAAUACGAGCCGCCCGAUCGACACGGCGUCUAGCACGACGCUGCAUGACUUUCAGGAGCAGUUUGGCCACCAGAGGUGUCGGUGGGAGACGCUGGGCUUCUUCUUCACGGCGGCGUCGCGGGCCGCGAUUGAAAUGUCCAAGUUCGAGUCGGCGCGGGAAUAUCGGGACUUGCAGCGGCUGGGCAUGAACUUAUCAGAUCUCAGUCUGGACAUUGCAUUGUCACUGGACUGCCUGAACGAUUUACAGCUUGUGCUGCAGUACGAGAACUGGAUCCUCCAUUCCUUUGUCGAUGGCGAUCAAAGCUACCAUUCUUGGAAGAGAUUAGGAGAUGUCAUCAGUUCGAUAUACGCGCUUGGACUGCACCAGCAGACAAAUAACGACUCUAACAGCCUGCCGGCUUUUUUGCUAGAGCUCCGGCGGCUCACCUUUGCCCUCACAUAUUCGGCAGACAAGAACGUCUCCAUCUUCCUGGGGCGGCCACCACGCAUACAUCUCAAAUACUGCAAACUCAUUCUUCCGCGUAGCGACGGACGUCUCGUCGAGCCGUGGAGAACGACCUGGCCGCAGGACAUGCAGUUUGACUACGUCGCCGAUAUACGCUGGGGUGCCUUGUGCGGCAUCUUAAAAGAAGAGAUUAUGGAGCUAUUUAACCUCGACGGUGUAAACGACAACCAUCCGAAAGUUAGAGAAAUCUACGAAAAGGCACAUGCCCAGUGGCAAGCCCUGCCUCCGCAAUUUCGUCUCGAAACCUCACUCAAGCUGUGCAACCAAGCCCCCAUCGUGCGCGACUUUAUCCUCAACGCGCGCCUCAACCAGCUGCACAUUCACUUUCUCCUGCGCAUGGUCAUCACCCGGACGCGGCCCGAGUCGGACGCCGAGCUCGUGUCCACGGCCGCCGAGAUUCUCGGCCUCAUCGUCGAGGCGCUCAUGCAAAAGGACUACCUCGUCAACUCCAACACGUCGCUGGUGUGGAAGGUGGCCUACUUUGGCCUGUCGGCCGCCGGCGUCAUCAGCCUCUGGCUGCUGCACCAGUCCUCCAAGACGCAGCCGCACCCCAUCGUCGACACGUCCAAGGUCUUUCAGAGCCUGAGCGUGCUCGUCGUCGAGAUGGAGACGGGCGUCCUCAUCGAGACCGACGACCCCAACUACAAGCUCCUCGUCGACGCCUCCAAGACGAUUGGCUGCCUGCUCACGCGCCUCAUCCACGGCCGCGUCACCCUGCCGCAGAGCGGAGAGAUGACGGGCAGCGGCACCGCCUCGGCGGCCAUGCUCGAGACGCAAGAGCUGGCGGCGGGGCAAGCGGGCUGGAACGCCUGGGACGGCCACACCCUGCAGGACUUUGAAUCGGACUUUUGGCUGAAUCUCGCCGAGCACCCGUUCUUAGCCGGAGGCGGAGGUAAUGAUUUGUAG